AUGCUUAGUGUGGUGGGUACCUUGAUAUCUAUGAUCGUGGCAUGGCAAAAUAUCAGAACUCCUUUGAUGUUUAUGUAUUCUUGUUUCUUUAAACCUCUUGGGAAACAUCAAAAUCAACAAAGUAGAUUGGAAUCCUUUUAUCAUGAUCAAGCUACUAUAUAUGAUCAUUCACGUGGACCAUUACUUAGAGGCCGAAAGACUAUGUUGAAAUUAUGUGCUGCUCAGUUGAAGGAUCAAAUUGCUAAUGGAACAACACAAGGAAAACCUAUUUGGAUUGAUCUUGGUGGUGGUACAGGUUGGAAUAUUGAACAAAUGCAUCAAUCAUUUCCUGUGGAUCAAUUUGAACAUAUCUUUUUGGUGGAUUUGACUCCUUCUCUUUGUCAAGUGGCUCAAAGACGUUUUGAUUUACGUGGAUGGAAAAAUGUCACUGUUUUAUGUCAAGAUGCAAGUACUUUUCAAACUCAUUUUCCUUUGGAAGGUCGUGUUCAAUUGGUAACCAUGUCUUAUUCGUUAUCUAUGAUGGAUAUGUAUUACCCUGUAGUGGACAGGGUACAAUCUUUAUUAUCACCUGAAGGGAUUGUAGGUGUUUGUGAUUUUUAUGUAUCAGGUCGAACUGUCCCUAAAAACAAUCAUCAUGGAGUGGCUCAUUACAAUCGACAAUGCAAUUGGUUUACUCGUUACUUUUGGCAAAUGUGGUUUGAUCUGGAUCAUAUUCAAUUAGGACCUGGACGUCGUGAUUAUUUGGAAUACAAAUUUGGUACCAUCAAAAGUUUGAAUCGACGCAACCAUUUCAUUGUACCUUAUUUGAUUCAAAUCCCUUACUAUAUUUGGUUGGGCUGUCCAAAAUCAGCAACAACAACAACAUUAUAUGAAGAUGAUACUUGUAGUUCAACUAGUAGCAAAAGUGGAAGUACAUCACCCAUAUUAUCAUCAUCAUCGUCACCUUUAGUACCAAUAUCACCUUCUUUGUCUCCUAUGGCGUAUCAACAAAAACAAUGGCGUUUAGAUUAUGACCCCGAACUGGCUUGUCAUACCCAAUUCCGAUCUUAUAUUUAUGCUUUUACUUGGGAAGAUCCUCGUGUUGAUUUGGAAUUCCUUCAUUUAUCUAAAGAUGAUGUACUUUUUGUCAUUUCUUCUGCUGGUGAUAAUGCUUUGGAAUAUGCUUUACAACAACCUAAACGUAUUCAUUGUGUUGAUAUGAAUCCAUGUCAGAAUCAUUUGUUAGAACUCAAAUUGGCCAGUAUUUCAUCAUUACCUUAUGAAGACUUUUGGCGUAUGUUCGGUGAAGGUCGUCAUCCUCUUUUCCAAACUCUCCUCCAUGAUCUUAUUUCACCUCAUCUUAGUGGCUAUGCAUUCCAAUAUUGGUCUCAACAUAGUGACCGGUUUUCUCACAAGUUUUACAAGACAGGUUAUUCUGGAUUGGCAUUAUCCAUUUUUGAAUGGUGGGUUCGUAUGAAUGGAUUAUCCAAACCAGUUCAUGAUUUAUGUCAUGCUGCUACCAUUGAAGAACAACAAGCUAUCUGGUUACAACAUAUUCGUCCUGCCAUGUUUUCUCCUAUGAUUCGAAAAAUAUUAAAUAAUCCUAUGUUCAUGUGGAAUGCUCUUGGAGUUCCUAUGAAUCAAAUGAACAUGUUUUUGGAAGAAUGCACAACACAAGAAUAUAUUGAAAACACAUUGGACCCUAUUUCCUCACGUAGUCUUCUUCGUACGGAUCAAUACUUCUACUAUUUGUGUAUGAUGCAAAGGUACCAUCCUGAUAGUUGUCCUUCCUACCUGACACGUCAAGGUUUUGAUAAAUUGAAACAACCUGGUGCAUUGGACUGUUUCCGACUUCAUACUGAUUCGAUCUUGAACGUAUUACAGACAUUCCCUGAUGCUUAUUUGACACGACUGGUAGUGAUGGAUCAUAUGGAUUGGUUUGAUCCUAUGUCUCAUGACGAAUUGGUCCAAGAAAUUAAACACAUGGCUCGCGCGUUACAACCUGGAGGUCAAGUCUACUGGCGUAGUGCGGGCACAAAACCAUGGUACAAUCGACUCUUUGAACAGAAUGGUUUCCAUGUAGAAGCUCUUGGUGUACGAAAACCUGGCGAAUCUAUCGAUCGAGUUAAUAUGUAUGCUAGUUUUUAUAGAGGGACUUUAGUAUAG